CACCAUCCGUUGCUGUGACUUGUGAGUGCGUUUCUGUUCUGUUCUGUUCUGUUAUUUUGCCCUCACAAAUUCAGGAAAAAGCGAACAAAACUCAAUACAAAACCUCUCUCUCUCUUUCUAGCAUUUCAGCAUUUUUCCCUCUCCCUCUGUGAAAUUCGGAGUCAAAACAAGAAAAGGAAAGAAUAUGCAAGAAAAUGUAGAUCAGGGCGUUGAAUUUCUCUGUGAUUCUCGUCGUUUCUUUUGGUCAAAAAGCUUCAAAUCUGUUUCGUUCUGUAAAGGGGCUUGUUCAAAUCCAACCCCCUUUCUCUUUUGACGUUUUUUGGUUCUUGGGUUUUGGUUUUCGGUUUUCAUUUGAGCCUUGAAAUCUCCCUUUUCUUGUCUGGUUGUUCUAUUCUUGUUUUUAUGACGAUUUCAUAAGUUCAUCCAUGUCGUCCGACAUAAUUUAGGGUUUAAUCUUGCCCUUGUUCGAGUGAUCUGUGGUGGGUCUGCGAGAAAAAGAGCUCUUACUGUUGCUGUUCUUCUUCUUAAUGGAUUGUUUUACUUAUACCUACUCUAAUGGAGUCCACUGCGUUAGAAGCUAUGCGAUAUGUGCUGAAAUUUGCUGAUACCAUCUUAUUUGUGUUGAAUUGUUGAGUUCAGGGGGAUGGGAACGGAUCCUCUGCUAUCACCAGCAAUUGGACCGCCAAUAAAACGGCGAGCAGGAUUGAGGAUAAAGCAGGCUGGUAGAGGCUCAUACAGGGGAAGCUAGGAAAAUUGGGGGAUUUUGUUUUCAAGGUGUUUAGAGUUGGGUUUUUUUCAAGGUGAUUAUAGGGGCAAGCCCUGUUUUGUAGGGUAGUCUUUUUAGAGGGCGUUUGACAAAGUUUUUCAGUCAGAGAUGGGUACUGAUGAUUUGCAUCAAAUACUCAAAAGCUUUUGUUUCAACUCGGAAUGGAAGUAUGCUGUCUUUUGGAAACUUAAGCAUCGAGCUCGAAUGAUGCUGACUUGGGAGGAUGGCUACUAUGACAAUUCUGAACAAUAUGAACCCCCGAAGAGCAAGUUUUACAGAAAAACGCUCGAGAAAUUUCAUGAUGGACAUUAUUCACACGACCCUCUUGGAUUAGCUGUUGCAAAGAUGUCUUAUCAUGUAUAUUCUCUUGGGGAAGGGAUUGUUGGACAGGUAGCAGUUACUGGAAAACAUCAAUGGAUUACUGCAGAUGAGCAAAUACAAAAUAUCUCUUCAACACUUGAGUACUGCGAUGGUUGGCAAACACAAUUUUUAGCUGGCAUUAAGACUAUUGUUGUUGUAGCAGUUGUUCCGCACGGGGUCUUACAGCUUGGAUCUUUAGAUAAAGUCACUGAGGAUGUCAACGUUGUGGCUCACAUCCGAAACGUCUUCCUAACUCUUCAAGAGUCUUCAGCAGGGCAUAUUGAGCCAAUGCCUUCUUGUAAGAGUUCGGGAUACAUGAAAAGUGAAGAUGAAAGUGUCAGCAAGAACGUCGGGAUAGAGUUGUCGGGAUCUGGGGGCAACGAAUCUCUAAAAACACAGCCGGAUGCUAUCAAUGUGGAGAGUUUUAAAUCACAAGCGAGAUUGCUCGAUGACAGGAUAUGUGGAGGGGAGCCUAGUGGAUACAAAGAUAUGGCAGUAGAUUUGAAACAAAAAUUCAAUGCACCAUCACAAAACUCUGCCAUGGACAUAACAAAUGACGCAUGCUUCCCUGUGAAUCACAACGCCAUGUUUAGCCGAACCAAUCCUACACAAAUGUACUUGCAAAAUGAUGUUGAAGCAUCGGAAGAUGGGUGUCCAUCAAACGCAUCGUUGAAGUUCCCUGCUGGUUACGAGCUGCACGAAGUACUCGGUCCUGCUUUUCUAAAAGAUGCCCUUUAUCUUGAUUGGCAAACCGAGUACGUUUUUGGUGGUAGAGCUUCCAAUUUAUCUGAGGGAAUGAGUAGCAGCCAGUUGACAUCUGAUUCACCGAUGGAGCAUCUGUUAGAAGCAGUAGUGGCUGAUGUUUGUUACAGUGGUUCUGAUGUUAAAAGCGACACAUCUCUAUGCAAGUCUGGACAGUCUCUGUUAACAUCCGAACGAAUUCCCGAGCCUUCCACGAACGUUACAACAUCUGCUUGUUCAGAAGGAUACUCUAUGGGUCAAAGUCGAACAUCUUUUAUUGGAGAGGACAUGCCAAACUCUUUAAGCUCAUCUGGAAUAUGUGGGGUGAUGUCCCCAAAAGGGUUUUCGUCGACUUAUUCUGGUACUGGCAGUGAGCGGUUGGAGAAGUCUUCGGAACCGGGGAAGAACAGUAAAAGAAGGGCUAGGCCAGGUGAGAGUUGUAGGCCUAGGCCGAGGGACAGACAAUUGAUACAGGACCGGAUCAAAGAACUUCGGGAGCUCGUACCAAAUGGAGCAAAAUGUAGUAUUGAUUCAUUGCUGGAGCGCACAAUCAAGCACAUGUUAUUCUUGCAAGGCAUCAGCAAGCAUGUUGACAAGCUAAAUAAAUGUGCCAACAUGAAGCUGCAUCAGAAGGAAAAUGGCAGGAUGGGAACCUCAAAUACUGACCAGGGUUCAAGCUGGGCUGUUGAGGUGGGUGGGCAACUUAAAGUUUGUUCGAUCAUUGUGGAGAGUCUCAACAAGAAUGGACAGAUUCUUGUAGAGAUGUUGUGUGAAGAAUGCAGCCACUUUUUGGAGAUAGCCGAGGCCAUUAGAAGCUUGGGAUUCACAAUACUCAAAGGCAUAACGGAAGCUCAUGGCGACAAGACAUGGAUUUGUUUUGUGGUUGAGGGGGAGAAUAACAGAAACAUACACAGAAUGGAUAUCUUAUGGUCCCUUGUUCAAAUCCUACAGCGCAGUAAUACAUCGUGACAGCUUCAACUGCUGAACUUAAAGAUGAACACAAAGAACCCAUAGAAGAAGGGUAUUACUCUGACACACAAAAUCAAGUUUCUGUGAAGAACAUUAUUGUUUUCCAAGUGUGAAAAACUAUUUUUGUGUUUUGUUUUUUAGUGUGUUUGGUAGAAGUGUUGUCAUUUGUUUGAAAAAAAGCUUUAAACUUAUAGAGUGCAUCUUUUGUGUAUUUGUAC